GGAAGAAGAAGUGUCAAAGUCAAGCAAAGCUGCGCCAUUUUCUUGGUGAAAGAAAGAUCUAACUAAAAAAGGGCGUUUUUUAUUUGUGGGGCGUAUAAUUGUUUCUCAUUUUUUUGAUAUUAAAAGAAGUGUGUUUAUUUUAAGCCGCUGUUCGACGUUCGAUCUCAAUAUACAUAGUCAGCGUUGAUGAUUGGGAUUCCACGGGACGACCGGCAUAAGAUCACGGUUAAAAUACGCAAUACCAUGAAAAGAAGUACAAGUCGUGAUUCACCGCCGACUCGCGUCAAACGGAGCAGAUCUUCAAUCGGACGAUAUGAUGAUUCCAGUGACGAGAGAAUAUCACCGGACAGAAUGAGACGUCGUAGCCGUGGUGCAAGAAGUCCCUCACCUUCAGGUCGAGCAACAUCUCAUGCCCGUUACAUUGAGUCAGGAACACAUCGUGAGGAAUAUCAACGUACACCCCGUGAAAUACCACCAGAGAGACAUUACUACAAGGUUCUAUGUGUGAGUUCAAUUCAUCCUAAAGCCAGUGACGAAAUGAUUAAAGACACACUUUAUCGUGAAUAUAAAAAGUUUGGCGAAUUUUCAAUUAGAAUAACCCACGAAUUGGACGAGCGUGUUGCAUACGUGUGCUUUCGCAAUCAUGAGGAUGCUCGUGACGCUAAAUAUGCAAAACCACGCGUCAUUAUUUAUGAUAAACUUGCAAUUGUUGAUGCCGCAUACGAGCGUCCUGACGCUUAUCGUCGUCCCCGUUCAAUAACGCCUCCCGAUUAUGAUCGUUAUUACGCGAGAUCACCAGCUCCCACCGAUAGACAUCGUCCAAUUGAAAGAUAUGAUCGCGUUUAUGGACCGCCUGUGGGAAUUCCACCUCAUCGGGAGAUGAGACGCGAAACACUUCCACCUCCUCAUCAUGAUUUUAUACGACCACCAAUGCAUCAUGGUCCACCGCAUGUACAUCCUGGUGGACCACCACAUCAUUAUGGACCACCGCGUCACAUGAUGGUACGACAUCCCGUACAUGGCUUUGAACGUGUUGAAAAUAAAAAGGAUAAAUUUCCAAAUUAUCUUCAUCAUGUAUCGCCUGAGGACGAUCCAUUGGCAACGAGAACAUUAUUUGCUGGUAAUCUUGAGAUAAAUAUCACCGAAGAGGAACUUCGACGAAUUUUCAAUAAAUAUGGAAUUGUCGAUGAUAUUGAUAUUAAACGUCCACCACCUGGAACUGGUAAUGCAUAUGCUUUCGUUAGAUUUCAAACACUUGACAUGGCGCACAGAUGUAAAGUUGAACUCUCUGGUCAGUAUAUUGGUAAAUUUCAAUGUAAAAUUGGUUAUGGUAAGGCAACGCCAACGACACGAAUUUGGGUUGGUGGACUUGGUCCAUGGACAUCAGUGCCGCAACUUGAACGUGAAUUUGAUCGAUUCGGUGCUAUUAAAAAAAUUGAUUAUAUCAAGGGUGACAAUAAUGCUUAUAUUCUUUAUGAUUCUAUUGACGCGGCACAAGCGGCUGUAAAGGAGAUGCGUGGAUUUCCCCUCGGUGGGCCUGAUCGAAGAUUGCGAGUUGAUUUUGCUGAUGUUACGCCAGGUUAUGGAUUUAAACCGAGAAUGUAUCCGGAGGAUGGUGGUGAAUUUAGAUCACGACCAGCUGAUUAUGAAUCACCUUAUGAUCCCUAUCCAACUGAAGGUGAAUUUGGAUAUAGUGGACGUGGUUUUCGUGGUGGUAGAGGAUCUGGACCGUGGCACGAGAGACGCGGUGGCGGACGUGGUGGAUAUCGUGGCAGCUAUCCAGAGGGUUAUGUUCGCGAUGAUGCUGAAUGGAACAGUAACAAUAGACGUGGGGGUGGAGCUGGUGCUGGUGGUGGUGGCGGCGGCGGUGGCGGAGUUGGUGGCGGUGAAACUGAAUACGAUGGUCGUGGAAUUAGAAGAUCCGUUUCACGUGAACCUGGUGUUGAUCGAUCGAGAUCAAGAUCACCGAGACGACGACCAAUUGAUUCAGACUCGGAUACAGAAUUGGCAAGAUCGGGAAUGUUGUCAUCGUCACGAACAUUACCUGAUGUUGCGAGAAAAUCAAUAGCCGUUUGGCAAGGAGCAUUAAUUUUGAAGAACUCUCUUUUCCCGGCUAAAUUCCAUUUGACUGAUGGUGACACGGAAAUUAUUGAUUCACUAAUGAAGGACGAGGAAGGAAAGCACAUGCUGAGAAUUACGCAGAGAUUACGCUUGGACCAACCAAAAUUGGAUGAUGUCUCGAAGAGAAUACAAACAUCGAGUUCGCAUGCCAUCUUUUUAGGAUUAGCGGGAUCAAGUUCCGCGGUUACAAACGACGAUGCUAAUGUACAAACGAGGCCAUUGCGUAAUUUAGUUUCUUAUUUAAAGCAAAAAGAGGCUGCGGGUGUGAUAUCACUUCUAAAUAAAGAUACCGAAGGUACAGGUGUUCUUUACGCAUUUCCACCAUGCGCUUUUUCAACUGAACUUCUAAAGCGUACAUGUCCCAGUUUGAGUGAGGAGGGACUUAAAGAGGAUCAUUUGGUAAUAGUGGUCGUGAAGGGAGGUAGCGCCUAGAUUCUUUCUUUCUUUCUAUUAUAUUUUCAGUAUUUACUGAAGAUUUGUUUUUCUUUUUUUUUACAAUACUUUAUCAUUAAAGUAAAAUGCGAUUUUCAAAUUAGAAGUGUACCAAAGUCCUUGUUUAGAGGCAAUUAAAAACAUCAUUUAUUAUAUUAUAUUGAAACAGAAAACUUUAUUCACAUUUUUUCUUUAGUUUAUUUUUCAAAGAUUUUGGUACUAAACGUAAAUUGUUUACCCUUAAAAAGUUAAAAUGGAGCAAAAGAAAAUUUGCUUCGUUUACUGUUACAGUAUUGAUAUAAGAGAAUAGACAAUGAAAAAUAAUUAUGUAACCUUGAAAUUCAUGAAGGAAUUUAGAAAUCUAUGUUUUAUAGAUUCAGACAUUAUUUAAGUGUAAUUUUUAUUUUUUUUUGCAAUUGAUUCAAUGAUUGUUUUACAUGUAAAAUAUUUUAUUUUUCUCAUUAAUUUUUUUUAUAAUAAUUAAUUAUUUUUACUUUGCUUUUUUAUACAAAAGUUUUUAUAUUUAUUAUUAAAUGAAAUUAAUUUAUUCAUUGUAACAUUAAAAUACUUUUCUUUCAAUCAAAUAGUGUAUACUAUAAUGAAAACAUUUUAAAUUUAUCAAAAUUGAUAAAAAAAAAAAAAUAUUUAAAGUCUUGAUAUCAAGUUUAUUAAAUUUAUUCAACUAUUUUGUUAAAUUUGUGAAAUUUCAUAUUAAAUUAAAAAUAAGCUUAAAGAAUUUUUUUAAUAUUGUAAAUUAAUAUUAAAUUGUAAUAAUGUAAAAUUUACACAAAUUUGGUAUAUUUAAUUUUUUUUUUUUUAUUAUUAUUUAAUAAAGUCGUUCAUAGAAUGUUAGAAAUGUUGAUUUAAAUUAUUUAAAUGUAUCUUUAAAAAAAUUAAAAUUUGUUUAAUGAAUUUAUUAAACAUUACAGGCAAAUGACCUUUAAAUAUUUUUUUUCAUAAAGUUAUCACUUAAAAAAGAAAAGUUACAAACUUUUGUUUUCAUUUUUCAUUAUUCUAUUUUCUUAAUUAAUAUUUAAUCUAAUUAUUGAAAUUUAAUAUUAAGAUUAUUAUUACAAAAGAAAAAACGUAAAAGGAAGAAGAAAUGUCUCGCAAAAGUUUUCAGCAAUAUUAAUUACACUAUACAAAUGAUUUUCGCAUUAUUUUGAUAUUUCAUUUUAUCAAGGGCACAAUAUUAGACAAAUUGCUUUUGUCUCAAAAGUUAGAUAAAGGAAAUGCGAUUUUAAAUGAAAUGUACAGUUCAUUAUUGUUCGACUUCACUGUAUAAUCUUCCAAUUGUAAUCUUCGACUAAUUAUUAAUUGAAAGUCGCAUUAUGUAAUUUUAAAGUUUGAUUUAAUAUUUCAUAUAUAUAGAUAUAUAUAUACAUAUAUUAUAUGAACUACGAUUAAAAAUACUUUUUUAUGUUUUAAGAAUAGAUAAUGCAACUUAUAAAUUUCACGUUAGAUGGUCUGCGAUCUUCGGCAUUCUGGAGCAAAAAGAAAGAAAAAAUGUCACAAAAUAUGAACAUUAAGUUGGCUUUUGCAACGAGACACAGAAAUGUACGACGAUUAUAUUUAAUUUUUAUAAUUUAGAAAUUAAGUCUUUCGUGUCUAUUAAUUAAGUGCCAAGUGUCUUAUUUGCUUGUGAGCUAAAUAGUGAAGAUAGUGAAAAAGGAAUUUAUGGAGAAAAAAAAUUGAAAUUGGAACAAAGUAUUUCGGUAUGGUUAAGAAAAUUUUUUUUUUUAUAAAAAUGAACUUUAUAUGCAACAAAUAUUAUAUAAUUUGAAAAAUUAUUUUUGUGAAUGCGACGUCUCAGUUUGUUAAUAAGUGCGGACACAUUUUUUUUUUUAAAGGACAGUGUUUGGUGGUCUUUAUUUGAAAAUGUGUAUAGUGAUGAUGUAAAAAAAAAAGUGAUGUGUUCUCGCCUUCGAGGAUGCUGGGGUGAAAAACUGAUUUCCGGAACGUAUAACGAUAAUCGCUCCGGAGAUUGGAAGAAAAAUGAGAAAAAAAAAAAAAAAUUCCCUUUGCAACCUCGGUGGCGAUCAAAAGGUGCAGUGGCUCAGUGUAGCUGGUGUUUAAACAAAAAAUAGAUGCCGUUAUGCAGACAAAA